CCAGUCGAUUUUUCAUUCCUCCACAAGUAGUCGGAUGAAACGGCAUCCAUUCGGUUCGCUCCGAAGGUUUUGUUCAUUAUAAGUGAGAACGAAACUCCUAUGUGAACCUUAGUCGUCUUCCUUUAUUUACGUUGGUUUAACCCUCGAAAUAGUGUUUUUCCGUGCAUUUUCGCCCUCCCGUGUAAACAUUUUUUUUUCUCUCUUCGCAACAGAAAACAUUCAUUGAUUUUCGGCAUUUGCUUGCCCAUUUACGAGCAUUUUCGACGGGAGAGUUGUGUGUUCAAUAAUAUUCCUUCAUACAAGUAAUAUUGUACGACGACGGACGGAAAAAGAAGGAAAUAUAUAGAGGAAAAACUGAGAAAAUUUCUUCGGUGUGAUUCUAUCAUAAAUACAUGUGUGUAUUUUUUUUUGUAUAAAUGUGUCAAGUGAAGGCUAAAAAUGAGAUACAGCGAGCAAAAUAGCUCAAAAACUCACAAGUUUAUUGUAAGAAAUUCACCGUAAAUUUUUGUGUCUUUGCGGCUUCAAGUCGAAUCUACUGCCACAAAAUUUUGAGGAGCUACACUUUUUUAUGUAUUCAAUGGACGAAAAAGUAGAAAGUCUUGGUGAAAAUAUAUUUCUGAUAAAAUUGAUAGUGUGUUACAUUUUUUAAAUGAAAAACUUUAUUUGCCACGCGUUUUAUAUUGUGUGUGGAAUGUUGUGACCUAUUUCUGCCCAUUUCUAUUUUCACAUUCAAUUUCAUCUCUUAUUUUUGAUUGAGUUUCUAUCUCACAUCCAUCUCACUCACCCACACUAUCUGUGUCGGAGAGGUUUUUGACAGAUUGUGUAUUUACUCUCUUAAGCGAAAUAUAUCUUUUAAUAUAUAUAAUAAUAUACAUAUCGGUGGAUAUAUACAUUACUAACUUUGGAAAAAUACUUGUGUGACUUGGUGAAGAAAAAAAAUACUCACGCUUGACUUUUGAAUCUAUAGUAUUUAGAAGAGACUUUUCGACGUGAAAAAAAGAAAAAUAUUUUUCAAAGUGUGUGGAGAAAAUAUUUAUGGAAAGAACAGAGAAACAGAAGGAGAAGAAAAAUGAUAAUAAAUAUGAAUGUGUAUAUAAAAUAGACGAAGAAUUUCGAUGGAAGCAGCAAUGAGGAACUGAUACGGGACCAAUUUCAAUAGAUCACGUUCUCAAUAUAUGUAUUAACAUCCAACGGCAUCACCAAAAACAAAUAUACACCACCUUUGGAGGAAAACAGACACCAAACACACAUACAAAAUGGCGGGAAACUUGAUGAAAUGGUGGCGGCAUAAAAUCUUGGGAGGCUACAAACAAUUUUCAGUUCUCCAAGAGAGUGCAACGGAUUCUGAGGAGUUGAUCUACCCCAUGAGGGCACCGUCCUCAUGCAGUGCCCCACCGGACUUGCUGCUCACGAGUGAUCGUGAACCGAUCGCCAGUGGCCUAAUGGCAUCCACACCAAAUCACCACAUAUCAACGACUCAGCAACAGUCACUCAAGAUGACAAAUCGACGGGAAUCGUCGCCGGCCAAUGUCGCCUCAGUCGCAGUCGGUGGGAGUCACAAGAAUCAUCAGAAGGCACCGCCACCGUCCGUCUCAAAAUCCGCCGAAGAUGACCGCGUUCAUCUCGAGGAAUUCCACUGUGACGUAUCGUUGGAGCAUCAAGGGAAGGUGCCACAACCUGUCCAAUUCUCCUUCACCCUCUACGACCUCGAUGGGCAUGGCAAGAUCACCAAAGACGACAUAGCUGGCAUCGUUUCGACCAUCUACGAGAGCUUAGGGAAGAGUAUAGUGGUCCCGCACUAUGGUAGCAAAACCAUUAAUGUUCGCCUCACCGUAUCGCCAGAUGCAAAAAUUAAGACACCCACGAAGAAGGCAGCUCUUAUCAAUUCGCGAAGACGAUACAGACCACGGAAGCUUCUAUCGGACGACGAAGGUAGUGACACUUCGCACGACAAUGUGCCAAUUAAGUUGAGCCCAAAGACAACGAAUGCGAGGAGUAAGAGCCACUGUUCCCACCAUAAUCAUCAGCCGCAACCGCCGCAGAAACUCACCAAGGAGACAAAUAAUCAACCGAAAGACUGUUCAACAACGGACUCCGGACCGGAGCAACAUGUACCCAAGACCACAUUUGCUGAAGAGCAACCACAUCUCUAUGAGAGCAUAAACAACCUCAAGUGGUGCUCAAAGGCAAAUAAUCUCCUGCAGCAGGGGAACAACAAUAAUCCAACAGCAAAGAAAUCCACAAAUUGCCUAGAAAUACUGGACAAUAAACUCGCAGAAAAUGAUGGUAACAACGAAUGUGAGGUGUUCUGCAGGGAAUGCACCCUCACAGAACGGUACAACCUCGAAGGGGGGAUGCCUGUGACGAAGCAAAGAAGAAGGGUUCUUAGAAAAUCUCGUUCACGGAAGCAAAAGGUUGAAGGAGCCUCACGAGUACGUAGCCUAUCUGUGGGAAAUGAAAAUUGCCUAAUAAAUCGUGAAAAGAGUGAAGAGGAGUGCUGGAAGAGUUCCCUGCGGCGCCGGGAAUUGAUUGAGAUUAUUCGGGAGAGUAUGGAAAAAAAUCGCUUGUGUUUUCAGGGAAAUAGGAAACCCACAAUAGAUAGUCCUCGGUAUCGUCACCGAUCUCAUACGGCUAAUGAUCAGUGUGGCGACGUUGGCGCACCAACAAGAUUGGAAAAUUCACCAGCAAUCUCUCCGGAUAUUGUGCCCACAAAUCUCUGUGGGUACGAUUCCUUUCUCCACGCCACAAUAUGCUCCAAUCUCAACAACAAUCUCAAAUUUACACCCACCGUGGUGCCCACAGCAGCGAUUAAUUUAGCUGGGGUGACGCCUGUGAGGAACAAUAGUGCACGAAUGGCGAGGAAUCGUGCUCUGAGGCAGCACGAUGUGUCCAGGGCGGCAAAUCCCAUGGGCUAUAUGCGCCUCCAGGCACCAACGAAAACUACCAAUACGGCAACACCGAAGAUGGCCAACAACAAGGGUGUUGAGAGUAAGAAACUCAUCUCCAGUGACUCCCACGCCAUGAAGGGGAAGACAAAAGCACGCGUAGGACGACUCCAGCGCUCCAAGAGCAAGGAGGAGUUGUUUACGAGUCGCGACACCACAGCAAAGAUCGAAGACAUCCUCAAUGCGGAGGUGUUUCUCGAUAAAUUAAAAAUCACCGAGGAAGUGGCGGAGAAGUGCGUUGAAUCCCCGCGGAAGAAUGUUGUCAAGAGGGCACUCAAGAGUCCCAUUAAUCAGGCAAAAAGUCCCACAAAGGGAUUGCUCAUGGAGUAUGCAACAAUCCCCGUAAAUGCCGAUCCCGCCGAAUGUGAGAAUCUCCUCAAGAGCCCCGUGUCCGAUGGAGAUGAUCCCAAGACUGGGGACUCCUCAACGGUGCACCGGUAUGUGCACGAACACAUCCAUCAUCACUACCAUCACUUCGAGGAGACCUCCAGCCCCAAGAUCUGAAGCCUCUUCCCCAGCUCCAGCUGAGAAACUCCGCCCCAUAAGGGGCACCAAUAUUGUUAGGCUUAAGUUGAGCGAUUGUGUGCAUUUUUGAGUGCUUUCGAUGCAGUUUGUAAAAUUAUAAUAACUUAUUUAUUUAAAAAAAAAACGCGAGAUCUUCCAGUGGGAGAUUAUUUGACGAAAUAUUGAGAAUUUUUGUAUACAUUGCAACCACAAAGACUGAUUUCUCUUAAAAAAAACAAAUAAAAAGCGAGCGAAAAAUGAUUGCAAAAUUAAUUUAAUAAAGAAGCGAAAUUCUUUGUAAAAAAAAAGGAAAAUCACGAAAGGAUUUUCAACCUACCUCUUUCAUAAUUAUUUUUAUUUUUUCUUUGCAACUGCAAUGGAAAAGAAUCUGGGUUUAUUUAGGGGUGACUUUAGGAGUUUUUUUUAGUGACAAAUUCCUUCCAUGCUGUUUUAAGUAUUUUUUUUUAAUCUUACGCUGAAAAACGUAUUUAUUUAUUUGUGUAUCAUACACUCUUCCCACAUUAAAGAAUCGUCUAAAAUUAAA